GUGAGGAUAAAAGAAACUGUCGAUAUGGACUUAUUUGUACGCACUGCAACAUCUCUUCACACUCGUGUCACUCUUCUACUCAAGGUCACGAGAGGAAUUAAACCAAAAUUACGCAUAUGAAUUAGACGACGGCUGUCCACAAAAUUGAAUUACUGGUAUGAAGGGACCUGAUCAAACUCAAAUAUGGACCUCAUGUUUCUGCAGUCUUGGUCUGCGAUACGAGUACUAAAUCAGAUGUGACGUUAAAGAGAAACACAAACUCCGCUUCCAUCUAGAACCUCCACAUCAUGACCAACGUGCUUCCGGCAGAGGAUAACAUAACUUCAGACUUUUUCCCCGAGAGCUGUCCGAACUGCAGUGUGAUUUCAUCAUUUGAAAUUGAUGUUAGUAAAUCCCUGGUCCUGGGCUUUGUAUUGCUGGUCUUUAUGAUAUUUGGUGUGAUGGGCAACGUCCUGGUCAUCCUCUCAGUGGCAUGCCAUCGCCACCUUCGCUCCAUGGCGCAUUACUUCAUUGCCAAUCUGGCAGUGGCGGAUCUUCUUCUCAGCUCUGCGGUGCUUCCGUUCUCUGCUGCUUCUGAAGCUUUGGGCCACUGGGCGUUCGGGCGUACUUUAUGUAACGUCUGGACGGCUGUUGAUGUACUGUGUUGCACAGCCUCCAUCCUAAGCCUCACUCUGAUCUCUGUGGAUCGCUGUGUGGCGGUCAGUUACCCGUUACAAUAUCCUUCCCUUGCCACCGGGCGGAGAGCACUGGCAGCCGUGGUGGCCCUUUGGGUGCUCUCCAUUGCGAUUUCAGUCGGCCCACUGUUCGGAUGGAGAGAUCCAAUGCCAGAGGAUGAGUCUGUGUGUAGAGUUAAUGAAGAAUUGGGUUAUACGAUCUUCUCAACUGCUUGUUCCUUCUACGUGCCACUGACUGUGAUUUUGGCAAUGUACUGUAGGGUGUACAUAGUAGCAAGACACAAGACUUCCUCCACGAGUAAAGGCAGGGAGACGAAUGGGUUAAAGGGGAAACAUGAAGUGAUGCUGCGGAUUCACUGUCGCAGGGCCCAGCAGGAAGAAGAUAAGCGAUCGAGCAAGGCGUUCAUGUGUUUAUUUAAGUUCUCGAGGGAGCAAAAGGCCGCCAAGACUCUUGGGAUCGUGGUGGGAUGUUUUGUGCUCUGUUGGCUGCCAUUUUUUCUAGUGCUGCCUAUAAGCUCAAUAUUUCCAUCUCAUAGACCCUCAGAAACAGUCUUCAAAAUUACUUUCUGGCUCGGCUACUUCAACAGCUGCCUCAAUCCAAUCAUCUAUCCAUGCUUCAGUCAGGAGUUUAAGAAGGCUUUCCAGAACGUUCUACAUGGGCGAUGCCUCCGAAGGACACCCAGGACCUUCGUGUCUUGUCGAGAUCCUACGACCCAGCAUGUCCCCAAUCUGGUCUCACCUUUCGGCCUUCCUGUAUCCCCACAGAGUUUACCAUCUACUACUGUUGACUCGAAUAAUGUAUCACCUACUCCUGUGACACUGACUGAGAAUUUAUUUUCAGCAAACGCUUACUGUAAGAAAUCUGCAUGCUCUAGCAUACAAGCACCAGAAACUACAAUAUCAUCCAUGACUAAGAUUCAUCAGGUCUCCAUAGGCAAUAUGAAAGGGGAAGAUUUAUAAAACUCUUAAAGAAAAAGUGAAAGUAGUGUUUUACAAAGAAAAAGAAGCUUGAGCGGAAUGGUGAAAUAAGGACUUCUUUAUAAGAUCUGGUAUACACAAGCGCCACCUGUUGGGCAAAAUAGCACUUACAUGUGUUCAUUUUUACAGCAUCAUCUUCAUUAAAGCAUAUCUAUUAAAAACUAUGUCCACUUUGAGUCUUUACCGAAAAUCUUAUAUAAUUUUGUCAUUUGUGCUUACAAAUAUAGUUCAUUACAUUACAUUUUAUGCAUUUGACAGAUGAGUUCAACCAAAGCGACUUGCAUUCUUGGCCUAUAAAGUGACAAUGAAUUUAAAUCAGUAUGUGUGUUCCCUAUGAUCAAACCCCAUUGUUAAAAGGAACAUAUCAUCAAAAUUUGACUUUUUUCAUGUUUAAGUGCUAUAAUUGGGUCCCCAGUGCUUCUAUCAAGCUAGAAAAUGUGAAAAAAGUAACUUAGUUUUGGUAAACCAUUCUCUGCAAGCAUGUGAAACAAAUAGGUCAUUGAAAUUUGGCUCCCCUUGUGAUGUCAGAAGGGGAUAAUACCGCCCCUUAAUCUUGACUAUUCAACUACAGCACUGCUAUUUAGUGCAGAGAUCAGCUCAUUUGCAUUUUACACAUUGCUCUACUUCUGUUAUGCAUUAAUGUCUAAUAUAAGACAUUUUUAAUGACAAAUAAUACUAUCAUCGUAAGCGUAAAGUACUUCAGAAUAUCUGUGUAUGCAUUAUUGACAGCAUGUUAUGACAGCAUGAGUUUCACUACAAGUUGUCCCAAUCUCACCGUUAUCUGAAAGAGUUGCAUCUUGUAUACAUUAAGUGAAACGUAGAGGGUAUUACCCUUUCAAAAAGUACAACUUUGCACCCAAAUAGUGCAUACUAGUACCUCAGAGGUACAAAUUGGUACCAAAUGUAUACAUAUCUGUACCUGAAUAGUAAAUGUUAGGACCUUUUACACACCCAUGUGACCCAGUGACAGCAUGGGACAAUUUGUUUUACUAUUUCAGAAAAAAGUAAGUGGGCCGAAUGUGCUUAAAUUUAAUUUGUGAUUUUUAUCACUAGUUAUAUUUACGAUAUAUACAGUACUGUGCAAAAGUCUUAGGCCACCAUGCUACCAGAUUGUUUUUGCAAUUGUAUAGUGAUCAUAUAUAAUUAGAAAAUACAGGAAAUGUGUAUGUAGUAUUAAAAACAGUAUAAAAGAAUAAGCUGAAGUGUCAAGUAUUUCGUGUAAGCUCCCCUUCCACUCGAGCAAUAGCAGGCAGCUGCAGGAUCUCUUUAACCUAAAUAAAAUUAAAUCCUAAUUUCUAAUUCUAAUCAAAUGAAUUCAGCUCAAGAUGUGUUUCGUGCCAAGAGAGUUCACACUAAAUACUGACUGAUGCAUGAAGAAAAUAUUUAGUUCUGAAAAUUGUUUUCAUAUUUCCUGUAUUUUCUGUUUGUAUCCUAAAAAAAAGAGUGAAAAAUAAAAUGGAUGGACAUUAAAACUUUGCUAAAACAACAAAGCUGGUGGUGGUGGCCUAAGACUUUUUGCACAGUACUGUACAUAUUUUAUAUGUACCACUUUAUAUUAGGUGUUACAUCAAUUAUCACUUACGUUCAUAAGUAACUGUAUACAAUGCAACUAUUUUGUAUAUUUAUUAUUAAAUCUUAAAAAUACCUGUAAUUACACUCUUGACCCAAUACUAAACUCUCCCAGAAUAACACAUGUGUACACAAUAAGUACAAUGUAAAUGUUUUUUAUUCUCAUUAACACAGUAUUUAAAGACAUCUAAUAUAAAGUGGGGCCAUACAUCUGUUUAUGAACAGGUUUUUAAACUCUGGUCUCAUAAUUUUAGAGCACACUAUAUUUAACAAUGAGGUUAAAGGGAUAGUUCACUCAAAAUUGAUAUUUCUGUCAUCAUUUACUUACCCUCAAAUUUUUACAAACCUUUAUAAAUGCCUAUAAAUUGUUCUGCUGAGCACAAAUGGAGAUAUUUUGAGCAAUGUUUCUAAUUAAACCGUUUUUGAGCACCAUUGACUUCCAUAGUAUUUUUCUUUCCUACUAUAGAAGUAAAUGGUGCCCCAGUUUCCUGCUUCAUUACAUAUUACUUUGUGUUCAGCAAAACAAAGAAAUGUAUAGGUUUAUACAACUUGAGGGUUAGUAAAUGAUGACAUAAUUAAAAUUUUUAGGUGAACUGUCCCUUUAAGAAGGAUAAGGAGGCAAGAACUCAAAUCUAUUGGUAUUUGUGUACACAUCAAGCUGCAUGCAUGGUUCUUUGAAAAUGUCCAAUGAAGUUUUCGGUAUAAAGGUUCUUUGUAUUUAAGAAAUGUAUCACAGACUAUAAAUUCUUCUUUUAAAAUGUGCAUUUAUUCACUUCGCUGACGCUUUCAUCCGAAGCGACUACAAAUGAACAACAAAGCAAUUCAUCCAGAGGAGGCAAGGGCAGAGUAAGGACUUUCUUUAUUCAUUUUUUACAUCACUAUCAAGGGAUUUGACACAUUUCAGAGCAAGCGAACAUCCUCACACUGCACAGCCAAUAGAAUAAACACCAGCACACAACAGUUUCACUUCUGGACUAUAG